CGGGAGAAGCAGAAGGACGGACCGGGAGGAAGAGACGGUUUACCGCCACAUCUCAGGACUGCUCUCCGCUCUGUACAGACAUGCCCAGAACUCGCUCUCAGGUCCAGGUCCAGCCGGAGCUGCCGUUCCCCCGGAGGAAGUCCUGCCGGGCGUCGAAGAAGACGACGGCGUCGCCCCAGAAAUGUCCCCCCGCCUCCCCGACCGGACCGCCGUCCCCGAGACGCCCCGUCGACGUCGGCGCGGCCGUCGCCCUGCUGCCUCGGAACGCCCCGCUGCCUCGGAACGCCCCGCUCUCCCUGCGCCGUCCGGCGGACGGCCCGCCCCCCCUGACGCCGCGGCGCGCCGCCGGCCAGGCCCCGCCCCCCUCCACCGCCGCUCAGACCCGCCUCCCCCUCAGCCCGCGGAAACGAACAGGUGACGACAACGGCUGCAACCUGUUCUCCGCCCCAACGGGCUCCCCCCCGAAGCAGCCCAGGUCCUCGCUGACCCCCCCCCGAAGGCCCGGCUCCGACGAGAACGCCCCGAUCCCCGCCUCUCCCGACUCCAGGCCGUCGCCGCGGCGACAGGAGACGCCGGCCGGGAGCCCCGCCCUCCAGAAGGCCGACAGGAAGCCGCCGGUGGCGCGGCUCUUCGCCGAGAAGUCUGGCUUCCAGAGCGUGAAGCGGGCGCUGCACACCGCCCUCCCCGACCGCCUGCUGUCCAGAGACGCCGAGCGGGCGUCCAUCCGCGGCUUCCUGGAGGAGACGCUGCUGCGGCGUCGGCCCGGCAGCCUCUACAUCUCCGGGGCGCCGGGCAGCGGGAAGACGGCCUGCCUGAGCUGCGUGCUGCGGGACAUGGAGGCCGAGCUGGCGCCGGUGAAGUCGGUCAUGGUGAACUGCAUGAGCCUGCGCAGCGCCCACGCCGUCUUCCCGCUGCUGGCCGACCGGCUGGGAGCGCCGGGCGGACCGGGCGGCCUGCAGAGGCUCCUGACGGCCCCGGGGCCCGCCGUCCUCCUCGUCCUGGACGAGAUGGACCAGCUGGACAGCAGAUCUCAGGACGUCCUCUACACCAUCUUCGAGUGGCCGCACCUCCCCAAGUCCCGCCUCUGUCUGAUCGGCGUCGCCAACGCGCUGGACCUGACCGACCGCAUCCUGCCGCGGCUGCAGGCCCGCCCCCGCUGCCGCCCCCUGCUGCUGAACUUCCCGCCCUACAGCCGGCAGGAGCUGGCGGACAUCGUGCAGGACCGGCUGGCUCAGGCGUCGGCCGACGGCGUCGUGGACGCGUCCGCCGUGCAGUUCUGUGCCAGGAAGGUGUCGGCGGUGUCGGGAGACGCCAGGAAGGCUCUGGACAUCUGCAGGAGGGCCGUGGAGAUCGUCGAGUCGGACGAGAGGAAGAACGACGCCGCCGGUCCCGCUGGGAGUCGAGGUGGCGCGGGUUCUGUCGGAGGUGUACGGCGACCGCAUGGCGUCCGGCGGCGGCUCGGAGGGCGAGAGCUUCCCGCUGCAGCAGAAGCUGCUGGUCUGCUGCCUGCUGCUGCUCAUCCGGACCGGCAGGAGCAGGGAGGUGGUCCUGGGAAAGCUCCACGAGGUGUACAGCCGGCUGUGCGCUCAGAGGAAGGUGUGUGCGGCCGGCCAGGCGGAGUGUUUGUCGCUCUGCAGCCUGCUGGAGAGUCGAGGGAUCUUCGCUCUGAAGAAGGCCAAAGAGGCUCGACUCACCAAGGUGUUCCUGCGGAUCGAGGAGAAGGAGGUGGAGAACGCGCUGAAGGACCGGACUCUGCUGGGCAGCAUCCUGGCUGCAGGACUCCCCUCCUGAUCCUCUUUAUUCAGCAGCCAUGAUUUUAGGGUUUCCUCGUUUUUGCAGGAAGUUUUGCACAGUGUUUUGUUUUUGUUCUUUUUUAAUGGUUUUAGUGAAUGUUUUUAUUUCGGGAGCAGCUUGAAGCUGCAGUGUUUUUUUUCCUCCGGUGAACGAACAGA